AUGAGUAUACCAAAAUUUACAACUGAUUCGCAUAUUAUCUUCAGCACAAUUUGCAAACAGCUUGAGUGUCCAAUAUGCACGAUCUCUAAAUCUACUUCGAAUUUUACUACGAUUAAAGCCUGUGGACAUUCGUUUUGCAGCUUUUGCAUUCAGUCUUAUUUACUUAAUCAGAUUGACAUGGGCAAAUUCUAUCCUUUAAAAUGCCCAAACUUUGAAUGCACGUCAGAAGAUAUUGAUAUUGAAGAGUUCAUUCUUAUUAUUAUGGAGUUCGGUUUUCCUUGCGCACCUUUCUCCUAGCUAUAUCAGCAACAUCCCAGCCUAUAGGCGGAGAGCUGAAUCCUUAGCUUUGUGCAGAUAUAGGGUUUUACCGCUUGACAUGGGCAUACACAGGAGUGGCACAAUGCUGGGGCUUUAGGGCCAGAACGAGGCUCAACUACUUAGGAUCUUCGAAUCAUUCAUGUAAAUCGUGCUACUUCGGAAUUUAUCAUUUGGAGUUAAGAGAGAGUAGGCUUUUGCUUCAUCCUGCGGGAGAGAAUAGCUGACUAAACACCCAGCUAAUUAAUCAUCUAAAUCCCCACUCCGUAAGCAUACAAAAUCAUUGGAAAAUCUCUCUAUUUUUAGGUAAAAGCCCCCCUCCAUAAGCGAGCAAAAAAUUUUUAAUAUAAACAUUUUUUAUAAAAAAUAUUUUAUAUAUAACUAAUAAUUGUUAUAAUGAAAUCUAUAGCUAAUUUUUAUUUAAUUUUAAACAGCUCGCAUUUUAAAACACAAAUCUCACAAAUUAAAUUAAUAUUUGCUUUAAAAUUAUUUCGAAUUAGGAUUUUUUUUUAAUUUCAAAAAAAUACUAUAAAAUAAAUAUAAAUUUUUGAAAAUAAAAUAGCCUCCUCUAUAGCGAACAAAUUUUUUGUUCGCUCACAGAGGGGGCUAAGUAAGCAUUGAAGAAUUUCAAGGAUUGCUUACUGAUGAACAAUUUCAGCAAUUCGCAAGACUAAAACAAAGAGCUUUGCUUGAAAAAGAUCCAAACUUCAGGUGGUGCCCCAAGCCUGACUGCAAAGGAUAUUGCUACAUUGAGAACUCAAAUAUGAACUUAAAAUGCAACUUGUGCAGCUUUGAAUUCUGCGCAAGCUGCAAAGAAGCUUGGCAUACUGGAAUCUGUAUAUCUGUUGAAGAUGGGCUUAGACAAUACGCAAAAGACAAAAAUCUUAAAAAAUGCCCUUCUUGUCAUUCUUAUGUCGAAAAGGUAUGGGGAUGUUCCACUAUUGUUUGCAGGUGUGGAGUAAGCUUUUGCAUGAGCUGUGGAAAUCUUCUGGACGAUAAGCACGACCCAAUUGUUUGUACACUCGGAGGAAACUAUUCUAACGCUUCAUGGGGUAUGAUUCUUUUAUUUCUUGCCGCCUGAGUGAUUUUUCCAAUUGAUUCCUUUAUUUUGAUUGUUCAUAUUGGAGAAAAUUGGGGAGGGCCUGAAAUUGAAGAUAAAUGUGAUCGAUAUAUCUGGGAGCAUCGAAAAGUAUUUUAUGUCAUAGCGUUUUUAUUGUCUCCAAUCUUUACUGUGCUGCUUCUGAUUCUGUUUGCCGGAAUAUUUUCAAAUGAAAUCUUAAAUGAAUAUUUGAAAAGUCAUUACAUCGAAGAGAGACUUAACUGAAAAGUUUGGCUUGCAAUCAAAAUUGUUUACUAUAUCCUUAGCACUAUCAUUAUACUAGUAUUGAUUGUUCUAGUCUGGCUAAUAUUUCAUGCUCUUUUGCCUUUGUUUGGUUUAGGGCUAUUAAUAGCAAAAUUGGUUUAUAUCUGCAAAAAAGCUAAAUAA